AUGGCUACAAAAAACAAAUGUAAGGAAGACAACGAUGAGAAAAAUGGAUAUAAAAGUAAAGAAAUCAAAGCGAGCCCUGCACAUUCCACUGCGGCUCUGAUCGUGGAUGAGCCGGAGGAGACAGAUCCAUGGGACCUGCCAGAACUGAAGGACGCGGGUGUCCCGUGGUCAGCUCUGGAUACCAAAGGGAAGGUCCUCAGAGUGCUGAUAUCAGUGGGGAAGCUGAUUCUGCUUUUAGGUUUCCUCUAUAUGUUCGUCUGUUCUCUUGACAUCCUGAGCUCAGCUUUCCAGCUUGUGGGAGGUAAAACGGCAGGUGACAUCUUUCAGGACAACGAAAUUUUGUCCAACCCUCUGGCUGGUUUAGUCAUUGGUGUUCUGGUCACCCUGCUGGUCCAGAGCUCAUCCACUUCCUCCUCCAUAGUUGUCAGCAUGGUCUCCUCUGGUUUGUUAACAGUUCAGGUAGCCGUUCCUAUCAUCAUGGGCACCAACAUCGGCACCUCGGUCACAAACACUCUAGUCGCCAUGACGCAGGCUGGUGAACGCAACACUUUUCGGAGAGCUUUCGCAGGGGCCACGGUGCACGACUUCUUUAACUGGCUCUCAGUGUUGGUGCUGCUGCCUCUGGAGGUAGCCAGUGGUUACUUGUUUGUGGUCACCAAGCUCAUCACUGAUUCAUUCGAAAUCCAGAGUGGAGAGGCCCCAGAUCUGUUAAAUGUGAUCACUGACCCCCUCACUGAAUCAAUCAUAGAGCUGGAUGAAUCUGUGAUUAGUGGGAUUGCCACCGACGAUCCAGAAGCUAAAAACAAGAGCCUCAUAAAGAGAUGGUGCCAAACCUUCACCAACACAACCUUAAUGAAUGUCACAGUUCCUGGUCCAGAGAACUGUACCUCUCCUUCUCUGUGCUGGGUUGAUGGCAACUAUACCUUCACGCUAAAGAACGUUUCUCAGACAUACAAUAUAAAGAAAUGUACACACCUCUUUGUGGAUGUGAAUCUGUCCGAUAUGGCGGUGGGUCUGAUUCUGCUGGCUCUCUCUCUGUUCGUGCUCUGCUCCUGCCUGAUCCUCAUAGUCAAGCUGCUCAACUCUAUGCUGAAGGGACAGGUGGCUGUUGCCAUCAAAAAAGUCCUCAACACCAAUUUCCCAUUUCCAUUCGGUUGGGUCACGGGCUACAUCGCCAUUUUAGUUGGUGCUGGAAUGACCUUCAUCGUGCAGAGCAGCUCAGUGUUCACUUCUGCCAUUACGCCACUAGUUGGCAUUGGUGUCAUCAGUAUAGAGAGAGCGUACCCACUGUGUCUUGGUUCAAAUAUCGGCACAACCACCACAGCCAUUCUGGCAGCCAUGGCUAGUCCCGGAGAAACUCUGGCUGACGCUCUACAGAUUGCCCUCGUGCACUUCCUGUUCAACAUCUCUGGCAUCAUUCUGUGGUAUCCCAUUCCAUUUACCCGCGUCCCUAUCCGGUUGGCUAAAGGUCUGGGCAGCAUCACGGGCAAGUACCGCUGGUUUGCUGUAGUCUACAUCAUCUGCUGCUUCUUCGUUUUACCGCUUCUCAUUUUCGGCCUGUCGCUGGCUGGCUGGAAGGUACUGGUGGGCGUGGGUGCUCCUCUACUCAUCAUGUUGAUCAUAAUCAUUGUGAUCAACAUACUACAAAAGCGGAAACCUGGGUGGCUGCCUGAAGUUCUGCGAUCCUGGGACUUCCUCCCACUAUGGGCACACUCCCUGGCACCCUGCGACAAAGCAGUUGGGGUUUUAAUCGCAAAAUGUUGUUGCUGCUGCAAAUGCUGCCAAGCUGCAUCAGACGACCAAGAAGACAGAGCAGAACAAUUGGAAAAUAACAAGACAACACACACAGCAGUAUAUGACAAUCAUGCAAUGAGUGUAGAGAAUGAAGCAGAAGAUGGGAUGAAAAUAGAGUUAAAUAUCCUGAAAAUGACCACGCUUUGA